GCGUUGUCAUCCGGAAGGUGGUACUUCAGGCAGCGGGACAGCGCGGCAACGUCUCUUCAAAGCGGAGCCGGGAGUUUUCGCCACUGUUGUCGCCGCCAUGAGUCGCAGCUAUAAUGAUGAGCUGCAGUUCUUGGAAAAGAUCAAUAAAAACUGCUGGAGAAUCAAGAAGGGCUUCGUGCCCAACAUGCAGGUUGAAGGAGUUUUCUACGUGAAUGAUGCUCUGGAAAAAUUAAUGUUUGAGGAAUUAAGGAAUGCCUGUCGAGGGGGUGGUGUUGGUGGCUUUCUGCCAGCCAUGAAACAAAUUGGCAAUGUGGCAGCCCUACCUGGGAUUGUUCAUCGAUCUAUUGGGCUUCCUGAUGUCCAUUCAGGUUAUGGGUUUGCUAUUGGGAAUAUGGCGGCCUUUGAUAUGAAUGACCCCGAAGCAGUGGUAUCCCCAGGUGGCGUCGGAUUUGACAUCAACUGCGGUGUGCGCUUGCUAAGAACCAAUUUAGAUGAAAGCGAUGUCCAGCCUGUGAAGGAGCAACUUGCCCAAGCUAUGUUUGAUCACAUUCCUGUCGGGGUGGGAUCAAAAGGUGUCAUCCCCAUGAGUGCCAAAGACUUGGAGGAGGCCUUGGAGAUGGGUGUGGACUGGUCCCUGAGGGAAGGCUAUGCCUGGGCUGAGGACAAGGAGCACUGUGAGGAGUACGGAAGGAUGCUGCAGGCCGACCCCAACAAGGUCUCCGCAAGGGCUAAGAAAAGAGGCCUUCCUCAGUUGGGAACCCUGGGAGCAGGCAACCACUAUGCAGAAAUCCAGGUUGUGGAUGAGAUUUUCAAUGAGUACGCAGCUAAGAAAAUGGGCAUCGACCAUAAGGGACAGGUGUGUGUGAUGAUCCACAGUGGAAGCAGAGGCUUGGGCCACCAAGUAGCCACAGAUGCACUGGUAGCUAUGGAAAAAGCCAUGAAGAGAGACAAGAUUAUAGUCAACGACCGGCAGUUGGCUUGUGCUCGGAUCGCUUCCCCAGAGGGUCAGGACUACCUGAAGGGGAUGGCAGCAGCUGGGAACUAUGCCUGGGUCAACCGCUCCUCCAUGACCUUCUUAACCCGUCAGGCUUUUGCCAAGGUCUUCAACACAACCCCUGAUGACUUGGACCUGCACGUGAUCUAUGACGUUUCUCACAAUAUUGCCAAAGUAGAGCAGCACGUGGUGGACGGGAAGGAACGGACCCUGUUGGUACACAGGAAGGGAUCCACCCGCGCUUUCCCUCCUCACCACCCCCUCAUUGCUGUUGACUACCAACUCACUGGACAGCCGGUGCUCAUUGGCGGCACCAUGGGCACCUGUAGUUACGUUCUUACUGGCACCGAACAGGGCAUGACUGAGACCUUUGGAACAACUUGUCAUGGAGCGGGCCGUGCAUUGUCCCGAGCAAAAUCUCGUCGUAAUUUAGAUUUCCAGGAUGUCUUGGACAAACUGGCAGAUAUGGGAAUCGCAAUCCGCGUUGCCUCACCCAAACUGGUUAUGGAAGAGGCUCCUGAGUCCUAUAAGAACGUGACAGAUGUGGUGAACACCUGCCACGAUGCUGGAAUCAGCAAGAAGGCCAUUAAAUUGAGACCGAUUGCCGUGAUCAAAGGAUAGAAAGCUGACCGCAGCUACCAAAUGCCACUGCCCCUUAUGGAAUGGAGGUGGACUUGAAACGCUCCUCAGACAUCAGACUCAAGACCCGAAAGGCUCCAAAGUGCUGUAACUGCCCGUUCCCAAGUGGCUGGCAGGCGGCGGCUGCUCUCAGGAGCCAGGGUUUUAACAUUACCUUCCAGGAGGAGUCCCAUUGCCCUCAUUGGAAAGGGAUAUAUGUGUUUCCUCCCUGAUUGUCCCACAGGUUUUAGGAAAAUCUACUAGGGGGUGGGGAUAGAUCAAGAUACUGCCUAACUCAGGCCUAGAAGUCUGUAGUCAUCAGAAUGAACUUCUUUACAGCAAGCCCUGUUUAUAUUCUGAGAGGUGUCAUGAAGAGCGUUACAAUAAAUAAAAAGGUUUUUCAAUGUUUCCUUUCCCUCCUCCUCUUGUCAGUUUGCCCAUUCAUCCACCCAUCCACCCCCUUCCCCUGAACCUACCAAAACCCUAAACACCACUGUCACUGGGAAAGUACCCACAGAGUCCUAUCCGGAUGUUAGAUGAAUGGAUAAUGGGACACGUUGAGGAGGGAACAUGUAUGGAGGUGUAGGAAUAGAGGUUCAAAAGAGAAAUUUUCAAAAGAAAAUUUUGCAUAGACUUGCUACUUUGCUCAUCCUAAAUAUGAGGCAGUUUUGCCUUACCUGCACGUGGCAUCUUUUGGGACCUCUCAUUAACUAGGCCUGGUCUGGUAAACUGUUCCUGGAUGAGGUCUUACACGGCAGCAGCGGAGAACCUGCCCAUAAUACUGAAUAUCUUUGUGUUUGUGAUUGAAUUAUUAUAAAAACAUUAAAUGACCACAGCUGUGAUGUUAAUGGUUGUUCUGUUUGACAGGUUGACUGGUCUGGUGCCAUCUAAUCAGAUUGUGUGUUCUGUACUGUGACACCUGAAGAUGUUAGAGUGACAGGUUACUAAGGCCUUUGUGGAGUCCAAACAGCCAGUAACAUAGAAAAAUCUAAUAAAGUUGCAAUAUGUUGUUUUA